AUGGCCGGCACCGCUAGCAUCAUCCUCCUUAUCCUCAUCACCCUCUUCUUCCCACCGGUGGGCGUCGCGCUCGUCGCCGGCUGCGGAGCCGAUGUUCUGAUCAACAUCUGCCUCACACUGCUCGGAUACAUCCCGGGCCACAUCCACGCCUUCUACAUCCUCUACGUCUACUACAGUCGCGCGGACCGUCCGACCCCAGAGCGCGCCCCAGGCAUCUACUCGGAUCGCGUGCAGACCGGCGGCCACGGCUACCCGCAGGGCGGCUACGGCACCAUCAACAACCCUCCCCCACCCCAGGGCGCUUAG